AUGUCUAAUCCUCUCGAUCCCGUCAACCCUCUCGAUCCCGUAAAGACUGUGCGUGCCAUUUUCUGGUCAUACGCGCGUUUGUCGUCGCAUGCCACAAGCGGAUACUUGAUCGACGCGCAAUCGCGAGCAAAACUUGCAUUCAAGGCUUCAGCUAACGUGAUUGUUCAACAGGAAGAGGAACAUGAUCCUCAUUACGAGCCCGUUAUCCGCCUCACGGAUAAGGAUCAAGUAGAAGUCAAGACGCACGAGGAAGACGAAGACGUCAAGUUUAAAAUGCGUGCCAAACUCUUCCGAUUCGACCCCGACUCGUCCGAGUGGAAAGAGAGGGGAACAGGAGAUGUACGGCUACUCGCCCACAAGACGACGGGUAAAAUCCGACUCGUAAUGAGACGUGACAAGACGCUCAAAGUGUGCGCCAACCACGCCAUCACACCGGAAAUGACCCUCCAGCCAAACAUUGGCUCUGACCGCUCGUGGGUGUGGAAGACACUUGCAGAUAUGGCAGAGGGUGCCCCGUCUGCGGAGACGCUGGCCAUCCGAUUCGCAAACUCGGAUAGCAAGUCUUAUGCAAACCAGUUCAAGGAGGCGUUUGAAGAUGCGCAAAAGGUCAACAAGGAAAUUUCCUCUGGCAACAAGCCGGAGACUGUCGAGACAAGUUCAACCGAUCCCGCUGGACCGUCCGCCGCAACUGCAAAGGAGGCCACCGACAAGCAAAAUGCUGCUGCCGAAGGGUCUGCUCCAGAGUCAGAGGCCGUAAAGACGACCACAGAGUAG